AUGAGUUCUAUUUCAUCUUUACCUAUGAUGACGAACAAUAAAUUUUAUCAUUAUCAACGAAUUCGAUCUUUAGAAAAAAUCGAUCAAAUCGAUCAUGUUAAUCAUAAUCAAGUCAAUCUCAAUGAAUCUUCAACAGAUGAGCAUAACGUUUGUGCAGCACAGCCGUUUAAUAUUGAUAUUCCAAAAAUACUGUCCAAUAGUGACUCUAAUCCGCAACAAAAUAGUUCAGCAACCAUAACAACUAUUGAUAUAACUCGAUUUAUAUCGUCUUGGGAACGAACAAGCAGAAAAGAUGAGCAUCAUCAUUAUGAUAAUAAUUCGCCAGAAUUAAAUUCAUUUCAAAUUACAUUUACUAUUCCUUAUGAAAUACAAAAGGAAUCUAUUUAUAAUAAAACAGUAUAUAUUAUAGAUGCAACACAUAAUCAAUUAUUAGCAUCGAUAACUGAUAUUUGCAUCAAUGAGUCAUCAUUUAUUAUUAAUUAUUCAACUACAAAGCCAUUACCACAUAAUAUUUGUUUAUAUCUUGUAUUAAAUGUGACAUCAUUAAUGACUCUUCGUGACAUCGUUUUUUGUCGUACUAUUGAUGAUUCCUACAUGAGUCCAUCGCCAUCGAAUAUCAGCGAAACCGGUCAUGUCGUUGGACCAAGUCAAUUUUUUAUUCUUUCACAAUGUAUAAUUAUUUUUAUCAUGAUGUUUAUUAUAUAUGCAGUACAAACAGCAAGACAAAAAAGUCUUGUCAAUCGUGUUGGUCAACGAUUUAUUCGUAGUCGACCCUAUAUUGCUGUAUUUGGUAGUAGACCAUCUGUACAUGUACAGAAUAAUACUGGAAGUGUUUCAGCGGACCCAGCAACAACACUCGAAAGUGGCUUAAAUCAUCUUAUUUUUCAAUGUCAUUUGUCGUCUUUGGUUAAUCAUCAACUACCUGCACCUAUCGAAGAACAAAUACUAUCUGCAACUGAUUUAACGUCAACAAGUUAUGAUCGACGUGCAACACGAACUUUAUUAAGUCGUGAUUUAAUUAAUGUCAAAGAGUUUACCAAAAGAAUGAGUGCAGCCAAUGAAAGUUUCAACGAUACAGAAUUAUAA